AAAACUCAUAAUAUUUGAGAGUUGACGAAAUGAUAAUACAUUAAUUCUGUCUUGUGUUUAGGCUGAUGCGGUGCCAGACUUUCGGUUUUGAUCUUUUGUUUCUGGGGAAUUCGAUCAACGGGAAUCUCAUGCUCAUGCAGAAGGAAGAGGAUAAAUAUAUGGCAAUUUGUAUCAGGACAAAGGAAAGAGUUUCAGAGUGAGAGAGAGAAAUUGAGAAGAAAAGAUAGAUGUGUUUGGAUUGUGGAGGAGCAAUUGGUGAUUGAAUUUGAUUUAGAAUGAAGGAAGACUCGACUGAUAAGAACGAAGAGAAAGCCCAGGCUAUCAAGCUUUGGGGAGUUUUCGCCUUCGGCAUCAUUAGCGCCACCGUCACCGGCUUCGCCCUGUCCAGGUCGCAGGGGAAAGGAGGGAGUAGCAGUUCUUUCCGAACAGCUUUUCAAGAAGAAGCAUGGAAAAGAUACAAUAAGCGAUUGAAAGAGGAGUAUGAGGAGGAGAUGGAGAGAGUGGAACGAAUAAAGCGUAUGCAAAGUGUGUUUAAUAGAGAAAGGAACAAGCAUAGAAGAAGGUAUGAGAGCUGGAGGGAAACCGGUCCUGGUGCAUAUGAUCAGCAUUUCCAGAGGGACGACUGGUAUUGGAAGGCUGAAGCAUCUUUCAAAGACCAGUGGAACAAUUAUCCAAGAGAGAACAGAAGCUAUUUAUCACAUCACUACUCAGUUUUGGGCCUUGACAGGUUGAGAACAACACCAUAUACUGAUGCUGAGAUCAAGACAGCAUUUAGGACCAAGGCAAUGCAGUAUCAUCCUGACCAGAACCAGGAGAACAGAGAGGCUGCAGAGGCCAAGUUCAAAGAAGUAAUGUGUUCAUAUGAGGCCAUACAGAAGGAAAGGAAGAACCAGAAUCCUUAAUUGCCUAACUCUGCCUGACGAUCCUGGGACCUUGAAGGAUGCGAGGUAUUCAAAAUUAUCAUUGAAGUUUUGGGCAAUGAUUAUAUUAUAGUGGUGUUGUAUUAUAAAGUCUGUUAUGCUUAGAGGCUUUUUCAUUUUUACAACUCGUAUAAUAGAUACACAUAUAAUUAAUUAGCAUUCCAACUAGAAGUCCAUGACCUCUGUAAUGUGGCUUUAUUACAUUCCAGGGUGAUUUUUUGAGACAAUUAACUCAUUUUUCACCACGAAAAAACUUUCAAAUUUAUGUUUUUUAUAUCUA